AUGGCCAGUCAAUCUCGUCUACGUAGAUGGAUCAAAAAGUUGGAAGUUCCAUCUGAGCCAGGUGUCACUGCAACCCAGCUCAUGCUCAUAAAUCAUGAUCUCAAACCCGUCGAAAAAGAGCGGCGGCAAUGGGGGCCAUGGAACUACGUCGGUUUCUGGAUUGCCGACUGCUUCAACAUCAACACCUGGAUGAUCUCGUCCUCCAUGAUUGUCGGCGGACUGUCAUGGUGGCAGGCCUGGCUGUGCGUAUGGCUGGGCUAUUUCUUCUCUGCAUGCUUCGUCGUGCUCAUUGGACGCGCUGGAGCUGUUUAUCAUAUCGGCUUUUCCGUCGUCAACCGCGCGCCGUUUGGCAUCUGGGGAAGCAUGUGGCCUGUUUUCAACCGAGCUGCAAUGGCAUGCAUCUGGUACGGAGUUCAGGCGUACAUUGGCGGAAACUGCGUCUACCUAAUGAUUCGUUCCAUUUGGCUCUCCUGGGACAGAACCAAGAUGCCCGGUCCCUUUGGCACCGAUGCCACCAGUACGCCCGACUACGUCUCCUUCUUCAUCUUUUGGCUCUGCUCCCUACCCGCUCUCUGGUUCCCAGUGCACAAGAUCAGACAUCUUUUCACCGUCAAGGCCUACGUUGUUCCACCAGUUGGCGUCGCAUUCCUGGUCUGGGCCGUAGUCCGCGCUGGUGGUGUCGGCCCCAUCAUCCGGCAGCCAGCAACCAUCUCAGGUAGUGACCUUGCCUGGGAGUUUGUCAAGGGCAUCAUGUCCUCUAUUGGCAACUUUGCUGCCCUGAUUAUUAAUAACAGCGACUUUUCUCGAUUUGCUCGCAAGCCUAAUGCCGCGUUGCUACCGCAGCUGUUGGCCAUCCCGCUUGGCUUUGCUGUGACAUCCUUUAUCGGCAUUAUUGUGUCCUCAUCUUCUAUGCUUAUAUAUAAUGAGGCAAUAUGGAACCCACUUAGCCUUCUAGGAAAUUUCAUUGAGGACGGCGGCUCCGCCCAGCGUUUUGGCGUCUUUAUUAUCUCCCUUGGCUUUGCCCUUGCUCAGCUGGGCACGAAUAUUGCAGCCAACUCCGUCGCGGCUGGCACUGACAUGACCGCUUUAUUCCCAAAAUUUAUUAACAUUCGACGAGGGAGUUAUAUCUGUGCGGCGUUGGCCCUGGCCAUGUGCCCGUAUAACCUUCUAUCAAGCUCGAAUAGCUUCACCACCUAUUUGGCAGCUUACAGCGUGUUUCUUUGCUCAGUGGCUGGCGUCAUGGCAAGUGACUACUACAUUGUUCGCAAGGGUUACAUCAACGCCAGAGAGCUAUACAAUGCGAGCAAAGAUGGUCCUUAUUACUACAAUUAUGGCAUCCACUGGCGAGCCUAUGUCGCCUACAUUUGCGGAAUUGCGAUUAAUGUUGUGGGGUUUGCGGGAGCCGUCGGUCAAGAGGUUCCUAAGGGAGCUACAUAUAUUUAUAACCUCAAUUUCUUUUGCGGAUUUGCCGUCUCGUCGCUUGUGUAUUGGGGCCUCUGUACUAUAUCCCCGAUUCCUGAGACUAGCGACAGGUGGAUGGAAGUGGGCAACGCCCUUGAUGACCUGGACGAUGGAGAGGCUGCCCGAGAAAAGGAAUUGGAUAUCGAAAAGGAUGAUGGCAGGCGCACCACCACACAUGAGACUGUGUAA